AUGGCAUUCAGAAACACAUCCCGCGACGAUGUGACCAUGUCCGGUGGAGCGCUGCACAAUGCCUCGCAAGGCCUCCUGCGAAUGACCGGCGGCUGGGGAAAUGUCUCCGGUCCAGGCCUGUUCAUGGUCCGCACCAUUUUCACAGGCACCUUGAGCGCCGUGACGAUGGGAAUCGUAGGAGCCUCCUGCGGCGCUAUUGUUUGGGGCACCGCCACUUUGCCAUUUCUUGUGUGUAGCUGUUCGGGCUUCAUUUUUGGUGCGCUGGUCAUUACUUUCGACGAAGCUGGGUAUCGACGAGCAUGCUGGUUUGCGCAUGGCUCACAGCUCAGCCAGCGCUCGAUGAGAUUGGAGAAGUUCGAGAGCGCAGCCUAA